UCUACUGAUUUUACUGAUCUUAAUUUACCAACCCAUCUGGAUAUCUUGAGAUAUUAUUUUUACUUAAGCGAACGUGCUAAAACAGAACAAAAAAAGUUUUCCCAUAAAUCAUUCACUAUUCAAGUACAAGAUACAUAAGUUGAUUGGAAUUUGGGAAAAACUUGAUAUGGAAAUAAUGCUGAAAAAAAGUGUAUGUAAUAAAUUGAAUAAAUUGCUUGACAAGUAUCAAGAGCAAAUCAAGAGAAGAAACAACACCCAACAAUUUACAGAGUAUGUAAAAUCUCUGGAAACAAUUUUUUACAUUGGAACAUGUACAUAAAUGCGAUUUGAAGGCAGCUCCAUGUGCAUGCGGAUGGGUUCCCGAACGCCUCAAAGAGUUCAUGCACGAUCAACAUAAUCAGAGAAGACUAACAAUGAAUGCAUUUAUGAUAGAAACUGAAGAGCAAGGAGCAACACGUCUAUGUCAUCAAUGCCAACAUACCAAGAUCCCGAUGAUUCAACAUACGCACCGCCACCGGUUCAAGAAGAUAUGGAUAGAAGCACAAGCUCACAAUACACAGAGAGAUACGAUUGUUUUAACUUUGCCUUGAUAUGUGACAGAUUUGGUGUGCCUGACAGAGUAGCAUCAGCAUUGGGAACCACUCUUUUGCAAGAUUUUAAAAUUAAAGAUAAGCAUGGGAAACCUCUCAUCAUGGAUAAAUCGAAAGUUCGCAGAGAAAAAGAGAAAUGCAGAAAAGAAGUCCUUCGCAAACGGUUAGAUGAUACCAAUUUGUUAGCGUUUUCAUUCGAUGGCACAAAAGGUGAUACUUUAACGAUAGAUAAAAUUGAUGAGAAGUAUCAUACUAGGAUGGUAAAAGAACCUCAUCUUGUUAUUUUGAGAGAACCCAAUUCUGAAUUGAUUGGUUACGUAAGACUGGAACAUGAAACCGCUGAAUACAAAACAACCAAAUUAAAUGGUUUUUUCAACGAUAAAAAUAUAUCACUGGAUAUAUUAAUUGGAAUAUGCACUGACGGUGAGCCAACAAACACUGGCCCACACGGUGGAAUUAUACGACGAUUCGAAUUGCUGUUAAAAAGACUAUUGCAUUGGUUUGUUUGCCUUCUACACUUCAACGAACUUCCGUUUCGGCAUUUGUUUGAAGCCUUGGAUAAAUCAACCAGCACUGGACCAAGAUCGGCAACCGGAAAACUGAGCCGUCAAAUCGAAACUUGUGAAACUCUUCCGGUGGUGGACGGUUUCCAGAAAAUUGAGUUGCAAAAUAUGUUCCCUGCUCCAGAAUGCCCCCCUCCACCGAUUCGAAGUACUUAUACGACAUGGCCCUUGCAAUUUCUAGCGGCGUGGUUCCGGUGGAUCUGGCUAACAUCAAACCAGGGAAAAUUGUACAUUCUCGGUGGCUCACCAAGGCCGCUAGAUUAUUGCGAUUAUAUGUGACAACGGAAAAUCCAGAUGCAAAUUUAAGAAUUCUGGAAGAAUUUAUAAUUAAAUGUUAUGUGCCAAUGUACUUCAAUAUCAAGUAUUACAGCUCUGUCAUGUACGGCCGUGCAUUAUUUUUCAAGAUCAUUGGUUGGUCACGAUUUCUAGAACCUCGUUUACGCAAAAUUGUCAAUCAAGUAAUUAAAGAUAAUUCAUAUUAUGCGCAUUCGGAAAAUAUCUUGUUAUCAAUGUUUGACGAUAAGAAAGAAAAACGCAACUGUGUCAUCAAGAAAAUUCUACGCUAUCGAACCGAUGUUGACGAGCCAAUGGAACUUAGAGUUUAUAAAAAACCAGAUAUAAACUUUAAUUGCACAAGUUAUACUGAAAUGAUCAAUUUGAAUGAUAUAAAUAUCGUAUUUGAACCACCAUUCACGCGAAGCAUUCCGUACGAUACAUUGAAAGAAUGUUUAAAUCAAGAUGAUCCACCGUUUAAUGACCCAAAAAUUCCAUCACACAUACAAGGAACGGAACGACAGGUUCAAUUGCUAGCUAGCGUUUCCAAACGGGUUAUACCGAAAAAUGUAGAGGCUGUUAUGGCGACGACAUUAGAGAGCCGUGCGAAAUUGCCCAGACUUGAAAGUAAAAAAGACUUCAAACAAUAAUUUUUUAGUUUCUUUUCUAUAACUCACUUAAAUUAAUUUUUUCAUUUACAUAUGUUCUGACUAAAUAAAUUUCUUAAGAGAAAAAAUAGAUAUUAUUAUAAAUAAAUAAAUAAAAAUAAAGAAAAAAUAGCCAUUUAGCUGAUUUUUUCAUGUAAAGGCCAAAAAUGGGGAUUUUUUUAAAUGAUUGUAUGGGGAAGCCCCCAGGGGAGUUCCAGGGGGUGUGCCACUGGCAUGGGUGGAUCGGCCGUCCAAAGUAAGUGGGGGUCGGUCAUACAUUUGGACUCGAUUGGAGCACUCUAAAUGGGUCAAAGUGGGACUUUUCAAAAUUUGCCUCUACCCAAAAGUUCGACCCAAAUUGGGGGACAUCAAAAUUCGUUUUAGAGGUAUGGUUCCUUCGGCAAAGUUUACUUAUUUUGAUCCCUAGAAUAUGAUUUUCAUAGAGCAAUGGGCGAUUUUUAAAUCGACCCUCCCUCACAUACAUAUAUUAUUUCUUUGUCACAUUUGUCUGUAUGUUUGCGAAAGCAAAUUAGAAUUGACAAAUAUUGUAAAUCGACAACAGCUAUGUUGAUAAUUUUCUCACUUCUUUCUUAGAACAAACACCAGAAAGAUGUUCAAUUUAUGAUUUUUAGCUUUUGCCAUCGUCGCGAAACGACGCUUGUUGGCAAAGGCAUGCUCGGGGAGAUGUUACGGCGUCUGUUUUUAUGAAUGAAGCGAGGUCGCUUGUGGAAUAUGCGCCUCCGUUUGUGAAUGAAAUCGUUUUUGUUGUAAAAUUUACUAUAUUUGGGCUUCGCCAAUUCGGCUGCCAUAUUGACUUGCCAUGCUUAUGCUAUUUGAGCAAUUGAUGUUUUUGUAGAAAAAUGUUUCAAUUUUUUGUUAGUGACAUAAGUUACAUAUAUGUAUGUGGAUCUCAAUCCCUUUACAUAGUUGAUAUUCAUGUUAAAUUUAUGUAUCUAUAUAUAGAGAUCCACAAUGUUAAUUUACUUAACAUAUAAUACCCACUCUACUAAGAAUGUUAACAAAAUAUGUUAAUGUACUUAACAAUAAUAACCCCUCUACUAAGAAUGUUAACAAAAUAUCGUAUGUUAAGUUAAGGUAUAAAUAAUGAUGUUUCGUUAGACUAAACACAGAUUGUUAAAAAGGAAUUACUUUCGCGGUUUGACGCUUCGUAUAAAACUUUAAUAAAGAUUAAUAAAUAAAAAGGUGUUUCUUACUUUGGCGGA